AUGAACAUCAAAGAAUUAUGGUACGGUUUAAGAGGUCAGUCUGUGCACCCAGAUAGGUUAGAAUUAUUAACUGAUGAUAGGGGUGCCAUGCACAUGUUGAACAUUGCUAGGUUAAAUGAUGAAGUUCAUCUGUAUGUGGUUCAUAAUAUGAUGGAACCAGAAAUAAUAGAAAUGAUUGAUUGGGUUGGUGGUCAAGUUGAUGAUGAAGGUGAUGUUGCAAGACAAGUGGAGGAGGUUGAGGUUGAGGUUAUUCGUGAUGGUCAGCUUGGAACAGAAAUGGUGGAGGGUGAGGGGGAUGCCCAGGAUGGUGAUGGUCUGGAUCAUACUGCAGUAGGAAGAAAAAUGGUUGAGGGUGAGGAUGAUGCUCAUGAGGGUGAAGGUGAUGGGUAUGAGGGUGAUGGUGAGGAUCAUAGUGAUGUUGGUACAAAAAGGGUUGAGGGUGAGGGUGAGGGUAAUGGUGAGGAUCAUAGUGAUGGUGGUACAAAAAUGGUUGAGGGUGAGGGUGAGGGUGAUGGUCAGGAUCAUAGUGAUGUCCAUGAGGAUGUUGAGAUCCAUCAUGUAGAGGAAGCUGAGGUACAUGAUGUAGAUGAUUUUGAGCUAGAGGAUUAUGGAGAGGAUGAUGAUGUAGAAGACAGUGAGGGUGAUGCACAUCAGGCAGAGACUGAGGAUGAAGAUGUAGAUAGCAGUGAAGGAAGUCUAAUUGAUGUUAGCGUGCAUUGUGACAUUGGGACUUCUAAAGGAAAUGUGGGAGAACAAGCUUCCAGUGCCUUACUUGAGUCUGAACGGUCAACAUAUAAUGAAUUUAUUGAUGAUAUGUGUGGGUUGUCUGACAAUGAGUGGUUAUCAGAGGAGUUGUUUAGUGGAUCAGAUAGUGAGGACAAUCAUGUGAGGACUAAGAUAAGGUUUCCCACUUUUAGUAUGCCUAAAACUUUGGUGGGUUAUAAAUGGGAAGUAGGAACCUAUUUUACUGAGAAAAAUGAAUUCACAGAUGCCAUAAGGACUUAUGCACUAAGUAAUGGGAGAAGUUUAAAAUUUAUUAAGAAUGACAAGAAAAGGAUUUCUGUCAAGUGCUUGGGUGGAAGAGGAAAUUGUAAAUGGUAUGCGUAUUGUUCCUUUAGGACUGAUGUCAGUGCAUGGCAACUGAGAAAAGUGUUUGAUGUUCACAACUGUAGUAGAGAUUUCAAUGUAAAGUUGAUGACUUCAAAGUGGUUGAGUGAAAGGAUGGAGAAAACUGUGAGAGAAAAUCCUACAAUGAAGGUCAUGGACAUUAGGGACAAAGUUACUAGGAAAUGGAAUGUAGGAAUUUCAAGAAAUAUGGUGUUUAGGGCAAGAGCAAUGGCAAGAGAUAAGGUUGAAGGAUCAUUCAAGGAUCAAUAUAGAAGACUUCACGAUUAUGGUCAUGAGUUGCUGAAAACAAAUCCAGGAACAACAGUACAAAUUAAAGUUGAUAACAGUAAUGGUGAGGUCAUAUUCCAAAGAUUUUAUGCAUGCUUGAAGGCAUGCAAGGAUAGCUUCAUUUGUUGUAGACCUAUUAUUGGCUUGGAUGGAUGCUUUCUGAAAAGCAAGUAUGGAGGGGAGUUACUAACAGCAGUGGGAAGAGAUGGAAACGAUCAAAUGAUGCCCAUAGCAUAUGCUAUUGUUGAGGUAGAAAACAAAGACUCCUGGACUUGGUUCUUGGAGCACCUUAUUGAGGACCUUGGUGGGGCAGCUGUAUGUGCAGGAUGCACAUUUAUUUCAGACCAACAAAAGGGUCUUUUGCCAGCAAUCCAAGAUCUUCUACCUGGUGUAGAACAAAGAUUUUGUGUUAGGCAUUUAUAUUCAAACUUCAGAAAAAAAUUUCCUGGAAAAAACCUUAAACGUCUCAUGUGGCGGGCAGCAACAGCAACACACCCACAACAAUGGGAGACUGAAAUGAGGAAUAUUAGAGACAUAAAUUUAGACGCAUUUAAAUAUCUGCUUGCCAUCCCACCUAGGUUUUGGUCAAGAUCUAGAUUCACAUCUAGAUCACAAUGUGACACUCUUGUGAACAACAUGUGUGAGAGCUUUAAUAGUGUGCUAGUUGAUAGUAGGUCUAAGCCUAUUAUUAGCAUGUUAGAAGACAUAAGGGUUUACAUAAUGAAGAGAUGGGCUGCCAACAGGACAAAGAUCACAUCAUAUCAAGGUUCAAUCUGCCCCAAGGUUUUUAACAGAUUUCAGAAGGAGUCCUGGUUAACUAGAUAUUGGUUACCAAGAAAAUGGGCAAUUACUGGCAUUCCGUGUACUCAUGCCAUCACUGCAAUGAAAUUUUUGAAUAUAAAUGCAGAAGAAUACAUUGGCCACUGGUUUAGGAAGUCUACUUAUGAAGAGACUUACAACACAAUAAUUAACCCUAUCAAUGGACAACAUGUCUGGGAUGUUACACCCUAUGCAGAUAUAUUACCACCAAAGAAGAGGACAAUGCCAGGAAGGCCCAAGAAGAAACGAAGACUAGAGGAUUGGGAGUUGAAGAAGAAUAACAGUGAAUUAAGAAAGGGUGGGCAGAGGAAAACAUGUGCCAUCUGCAAAGAACUUGGACACAACAGAAAAGGCUGUCCACAAAGACCUCUAACAGUAGAGGUUCCUACAGCCCAAUCUGUACAAGUCACCCAACCUCCAGCAACACAUGUUCCUAUUAGUCACCAAACAACUAUGCCUUUAUCUGAUGAAUGA